CCAACAAACCUGAGAUGAUUGUGGAGAAGCUCCGCGGCGCGUCAGUCGCAGCUCAACACUUUCCCACAUUUUAGCCAAAAUUAUGAUGAAAAACUCCUCAAUGCCUUUUCAUUCCUGGAUUUAUCGCUCUCUCCGGUUACAUUUAGUGUAGCUUUUUGUUUUGUUUUUCUUUGUUUGUUUGCUAUUUAUUUUUAGUUUUAGGAGAGCAUGUGCUUGAUUUUGCGCGGAUUGCAGAGGUGCCACCGGGAGUGAGUUGAAGGCAAAUAUGCGCCGCUGGGAUAUGAUUUUCAACCGAAAGGCUUAUGGAAUAUAGCCCGGUCUGCCACAGCCUGUAUGCCUUCUGGUCCAGCCCCGUGAAGAAGAAACUCAUUCUGCUCAGCAUCAUGUUUUUAAUCUGGGUAUACAUGCUGUACUCCUGCGUGGGCUACUGCUCCACCAUGCCAAGUCUGGUGGUGGAGAGUUACCGGGGCAAGGAGACCGGCUCGGCGGUGGGCAAGAGGACAGAGAGCGGCGGCAGGACGGACCUGGUGUCCAGACUGCUGGCCAAACCGCAGCCCUGGGAGGAUAUAGAGAGCGACUACGAGGAGCCGUCCAUCAGGACCGCCGCGUCCAGAGACCUGCUCAAUAACGAGCUGGAGACGGACCGAGCGGACGACUGGGACGAGAUGCGGGCCGAGCAGCAGAGAGCCCCGGACCCCAGCGCCAUGUCCAGCUUCUCCAACGGCUCCGGGAGCAAGAAGCUGCCGCAGGCGAUCAUCAUCGGGGUGAAGAAAGGAGGCACCCGGGCUCUGCUGGAGUUUCUCCGGGUUCAUCCGGACAUCAGAGCCGUGGGAGCGGAGCCGCACUUCUUCGACCGCAACUAUGACAACGGACUGGAGUGGUACAGGGAGCUGAUGCCGAAGACCCUGGAGGGCCAGAUCACCAUGGAGAAAACCCCCAGCUACUUUGUGACCAGAGAGGCUCCAGCGAGGAUCUCGGCCAUGUCCCGGGACACCAAGUUAAUCGUGGUGGUGAGGGACCCGGUCACCAGGGCCAUCUCGGACUACACGCAGACGCUGUCCAAGAAGCCCGACAUUCCCUCUUUUGAGAGCCUCACCUUCAAAAACAGGACUACGGGGCUCAUCGACACGUCGUGGAGCGCCAUCCAGAUUGGCAUCUACGCCAAGCACCUGGACAACUGGCUGCAGUACUUCCCCAUGGACCAGAUCUUGUUCGUGAGCGGCGAGCGUCUGAUCAGCGACCCGGCCGGAGAGCUGGGCCGAGUGCAGGACUUCUUGGGCCUCAAGAGGAUCAUCACGGACAAACACUUUUACUUUAACCAGACCAAGGGAUUCCCGUGCCUCAAGAAAGCAGAGGGCAGCAGCAAGCCUCACUGCCUGGGAAAAACCAAAGGGCGCACCCAUCCGAACAUUGACCCCGAGGUGGUGCAGAGGCUACGGGACUUCUACAGGCCCUUCAACAUGAAGUUCUACCAGAUGACUGGACAUAACUUUGGUUGGGAUUGAUGUGAAAAAUCUGACUUUUUUUUUUUUUUUUUUAUUAAUUUGUCGAGAAGUUGUUUUUUUUUCCUCUGUAAUUCAAUGGCAAGAUGUGGAGAUAUUGCUAUAUAUAUGUAAAAUGUACAGAAAUCUAUUUUAUAAUAAUUUAUUUUUAUUUCUAAGCAAUUAAUUCACUAAGCUGCCUAACCAUAUUUGUACAUAACAUCUGACCCACGUGUUCUUUUUUUUUUUAACAUUCCUCAUUUUAAUUUUUUGGAAUUCUCUUGCUCCUCCUUCGUGGUCCUGUAAACUCAGUGGAUUUUACUUGGUGCUUCACAAAUGCAGAUAAUCAGCUGAAGCAGAGAUUGGGGGUGGGAAAAAAAGCACCAUAUUACGGGUACAGAGUGCUCACAGAGAAGUGGAGAAACGCCCAUCUGUCCUCAUUUAUUCAUGCAUCAUGGCUUUACCUUCAUCCUCUUCGAACCCUUUUCUGAGUGUGAUUCUUUUAUAAGGUGUUUUUACAAUCCAGCUUUUCCUGCGUUGGCCUAAAGCGGCAGAUCUCAUGUCCCAUUCCACUCAAUAACAGGUAGAUCAAUAGGCCUAAUUGAUCUUCAUUGUGUCACUCAUGCUUAUAGUAUACAGCUGCCCUUUCAUUCUCAGUGCUCCUGCUGCCUGCUCUAAUGAAUGACCCAUCCAUCAAAUGUUAAAUCCUAUCCCGGACCACAUAAGGGCCCAUGUUAACAUUAUGCUAAUCGGGUAAAGGUAACUGGCAGAUCGAUCCGGCCUCGGCUCUCCAACUCCCCCAUUAGAAGCAGUGUUGGCUCGGAGCCAGCCUCUCUCCCCAUUCGGCUCAGUUCAGAGGUCACGCAAAGUCUCAAUCAAAUUUCAUUGAGAGGCAUUUGAUUUGUUGAGGGAGAACUGAGCCAGGAGCAGGAGGAGGAGUGUGUGCCUUGUUUUCAUGGUAAAAUGGAAGGAAAACCUUUGCGUGAGGUAGCAGAUGCAUAUCUCGCAGAAAUCGAGCAUAAAGAUAAAAAGAUGACAGAGAAAAAACCGAGGUUUCGCCUCACUGACAAAAGGCGCUUCUUCAAACAGACCAAGCUCCAAUCUGAGAUCCCGGACUAAAGAGAUCAAAGGAACAGGAAAGGUUUUUGUGAAGCACUCGCAGCACAGCAAGGAUUGCCUCAGGCCGGGUUUCUAACCUCUGGUGUCGUCAGAAAAACCUCAUGUGCCAUCGUCCAUGGCCGAUAUACUUUAUGCCUUAUUCACUCUGCUCACAUCUCACCUCUCCACCACAGAUCUUAACCCUCCUGUUGUCCUCAUUUACAGGCACCAAAAAAUAUAGUUUCUUUGUCUGAAAAAAAUUCAGUUAAAAAAAAAAAAAACUCAAAAAUUCCAAAAAUUCCUUAAAAGUUUUCCCUAAAAGUUUUAUUUUUAAAAAAAAAUCCCCCAAAUUUGGCAAGAAAAUUCUUAAAUAUUUUCAAAAAAUGAGUAAAUAUCUUCAAAAAAAAUCCUAAAAAUAUCUAAAGUGAUUCCAUGUAUAUCAGUAAAACGCUAAUAUUUUCUUUAAGAACAUUCAGAAAAAAAAAUCAGCCAAAAUCCAGUGAAAUUCACUGGAUUUUAGUUGAUUUUUUUUGUGAAUGUUUUUAAGAAACAUUUUUAAUAUUUCUUUAUUUCCACAAAAAAAAUUCAAAAAUUUCCUAAAAAUGUUGAAAAUGUGGACAUCAGAAGUUUCACUGUGAAAAUAUUGUUUUUUUCAAACUUUAAAACGAGUUAAUUUGACCCGCAGGAUGACAUGAGGGUUAACUCUUCACUUGUUGCCAAAAAGAAAAAAACUUUCGGCUGAUAUUAUGUUUCUCACAGCUUAGUCGCUAUCUUUGCUUCUUUUUUCUUCCUCCUUCCCUGCGUUGCUUCUUAGUGGUUCUUUUUUUUUGUCUUUCUACUUGAAUUCUUGAUAUGCAAGAGGGAGAAAACGUAGUUCUCAUUCUUUGAUGUGAUGUCUUUGCAGCGGAUGGCGUGCUAUCAUGACAGCACAGGGUGGCGGCCCGUUCUGGAAAAUGCAGGCGUAAUGUGGGAUUAUUAGCAUCCAUAUGUUUAUGCAGAGCUCAGACUGAAUGUACACAACAUAUCCUCACACGCAGAGUCCCUCAAAAUCAGUUUUUAAAGGUCAGAUCGCCACUUAGUGAAACGUGAUUGUCCGUCUGUCCUUUUUGAAGUUAAGAAAAUGUUGUGCCUCUUUAACUAUCCAACACAGUUCGCCUGCUCCUGUCAUUAAACAGGAUCUAAUUCAGCUGUUUUCUUUUCUUUUCCAGUUCAAACCAGCUGCCUGGUUUAGCCUCAAACCAGUGGUUGCUAGCAGGGGAGAUGGAGGCUUGUUACACUGUAUUUUAUUUUUUACUUUCACUCUCCUCAUAAGACUGUAUGUGGAGAAAAGUAAAAAAAAAAGCCUCCAUCCCCCCGUCUCUCUUUAGUGCAAUGUUUGAUUAAAUUAGAAAAGAAAAGCAUUUAUGAUGACCCCCCUCAGCAAGCUGUCACAUUCUGGAAGGAAACUGAUGGAGUACUGCAUCCGAAUUCAUGUAACUGAGGGAAUAUCUGAGGAAAUAAAAUGUAAAAAUACAAAAAAAAACUUGCACUCGUGGGUUUCCUCCAUGCGGCUGCAUCGGCUACGGUUGAGUUUUAUUCAACCUGUUUUGAGAUCUAAGAAAAUGUUAGAAAAUGUUUGUCUUAUCCACAUAUAAUAUGUAUCUAGACUAGCAGAUCUGUAUGUACAAAAAUGAAAAAGACAUGUAAAUCAAGUAUUUUGUGGUAUGUACAUCAAAGGAAUUAAUUUUACACAAUGCAAGAGCAAAAUGGAACAGAUGUUUCUAGAUGAUUAAAUACUGAACAUUCAUAAUAUUUCUUUGUAUGAAGAAAUAAAUAAAAAAGUAUAUAUUUUACCAAAAAACAA